GGGAGGGGGGUCCAGUACCCCUGGACCCCUCCCCCCGUAAAUACGCCAUGCCCGCAACGGAUAUCGCGGCCCCACUGGCACGGUGGUGCGGGUGACAUUUCAUUAAACUGGCGCUGAACCGCAGGGCGCCGUUGUACAAGGGUGGUCGAACAAUUUGCCAUUGAAAUGAUGAUAAUCGCGUCGCCCACUCCGGCCGCGCAACGAAACGCGAUUCGAUCGAUUCCCCGCGUUCAAAUCGGUACCGUUCGCAGGCGAAUCACAGAACGGAUCGUCCGUUCUGCGCGACGAAUUCCGCGUGGCACAAGUGUGCGAGCGACCGAAUGACGUUGCUCUUCCGCCAUCUUGGUCGACAACGUCCUCGGUAAGUGUUCCCGCAACGAUAGCAACGUCGACGCAGCAUCGUGAAACGUAUAUCCCAUAUGGUGAUACUCGAGCCGGGCGAAAUCCGUCUUCGCGUCAAUUAACCGAAAUUCCAUUGGUCUUGUGCCGCGCAAACAUCAGUGGCACUCGCCGGUGGACCGCGAGCGUUUCGGACUUGCGUCGCGCGGCCCGUGGAGGAAACGGUCGUGAUAAGACCCGGGCCGUUUCGCCGCCAUCGCGGGCAACGUUACGGUACGUUGUGUUCACGACGGCAAUCCGACGCGGUCCGUUCGUCUCGUCGCUGCCACCGUCCGUCGUGCCGGUGCACGUUCGAUUGGACCCCGGGCCGAACCAGACGAUCCGUUCCGGAUUUCGUUGCACGUCCGCCGAGACGCCGUGCGCGUCGUGCCAAUCUCGCCGAGAACUCGUCGUAUUCGUCCCGUUGUGCACCGUAAUAUUAAUUAAAAUCAUGCCAAACAAAUCAACAGAUUUACUUCAACAUUCUUAUGCAAUUAUGGUCAAUGAUGACGCAGAGUACCAACCAUUAACCAUCACUGAAGAUACCAUGUUAAAUGAUGAUUAUGAACCUGAUGUAUUGAAUGGUCAAGAAGAUAACUUUGAUUCAUAUGAAAAUAAUGAAGUGCAAGAGAUUUAUGAAACAGAUAUAAACAUUGAACCACCUAACCACACAUGGAGUAAUCAUGGAAUACGUUACUUAAUUUAUUGCUGGAGUCGAUUGAGAGAACAGUUUACCAACUGCCCGGAUAAAAAACAGAAAACAAUAAUAUGGCAAAAUGUAUCUGAACGUAUGGUUGAAUAUGGCUAUUAUUUUGAUACUCUUGCUUGUGAAACAAAAUGGCGUGAACUUAAAAAAACUUACAUGUACUAUAAAUCACAUAUUACUAAAAAAGAUGGUUAUAAAAAUAAAAAAGUUUGGCCUUUUUACUGUGAUAUGGAAAAGGCAAUUAAUGGGAUUCCUUAUGAAAUUUCUGAUUUAAAAGAAGACAACAGUUUAAAAGAAUGUGCACAGGAAUAUUGUAUUUCAACUUUGGAGGAAUAUCCAACUGUUAAUACAUCAAAUAUUAUUGAAAAAGAUGUUGAUAAAUGGACUAUUGAUUCGACCAGGGAAUUAAUUAGACUGUAUGGUGAAUACAGAAAUAAAUUUUCUUCAGUCAACCAAGGUGGAAAACAUUUACUGUGGGAAGAAAUUUCACAACAAUUUUCACAGUUAGGGUAUCAAUAUUCGUCUAAUGCAUGUAAUGAUAAAUGGCGUAAUUUAAAAAUGACUUUUAAGAAAAAUAAACAAAGAGCAUUAAAAUAUGGAGUGGAACAUGUUAAAUGGUAUUAUUAUAAAGAAAUGGACAAUAUUUUAAAAAAUAUGACUGAAGAAAUUAAACCAGAAAUGAAUAAUAUUAUCACAGUAUCUAUAAUUGAUGAAAAUGGACUUGAGGAUGAAAAAAAAGAAAGUGAAAAUUAUAAUUAUGAUGAUAAUUUUCAAGCAGAUCAUAAUAUUAUUAAAAAUGAUAAUAACGAUGGCGAAGACAACACAGGUACAGAGAUUUGGACAGAAGCUGCCACUAAAUGUUUAAUAGAGUUAUGGGGUCUUUACCGUACACGUUUUCUAAUGGCUGCUCAAGGAAAAAAACGUUUAUUGUGGAAUGAAAUUAGUGAUCAGUUACGUCAAAGAGGUCACAACUAUUCUGGUUUGGUAUGUGAUCGUAAAUGGCGUCUCUUAAAAGCUAAUUAUUUUAAGAGAAAAGAAAAGUACAAAAAAUUAGGAGUUAAUUGUGUGAAAUGGCAAUAUUAUUAUGAUUUAGAUAGAAUACUUGGUGUACCUGCUGAAACUAUUACCUGGAGCAUGGAUUCAACUAUGUGUUUGAUUGAUUGUUUUGAUCAAUAUAAAGAGAAGUUUAUGAAAGCAGCCAAUGGGGAAAAAGUUUUGAUUUGGGAAAAAAUAUCUGGAGAAAUGGCUCAAAAUGGUUUUAAUUACUCCCCCAGAGCUUGUGAUAAUAAGUGGCGUACAUUGAAGAAUCGCUAUAAUAAAAACAAAACUAGAAUGCGCUCCUCCAAAGGAAAUUCAAGAGUGGUUUGGGUAUAUUACAAUAAAAUUGAUUCAAUAUUUAGAGAAAUCUACAAAACCAAAAAUCCAAAAAAUAAUGAAACUUCUCACAGUGAUUUAAAUGACACAAAACAUGAAAAUGAUGAGUUGGAUGAACAGAACUGUAAACAAAAUUCAAAACCUUGUUGUUCUAUUCAACCAGAAGUAAUUACUGAAUUAAAAGAAGUGUUUAUUUUAAGAAAUAAGGAAUUCGAUCAAAGGUUAAAAGAAAUGGAAGAUAAUCUGGAUAGAAGAGGAAAAGAGUUUAAAGAGUUUCAACAGCAAACAUUAGAAGCUUUGAAGAGAUCAAAUGAAUUAGAAACCAAGAAAUUGACACUGCUGGAAAAAUUAGUUUCUAAACUUCCUCACGCUAUGUAAUAAAUAUUACCAUUUGUUUUAAAA